UAACUCGUCACAGAUUGGGCGUGUUUCCUCGAGCAUGACAGUCUAGUGCACGCCACACUACUGUAUGAAGCGCUUUUUCCUUUUAAUUUUCCAGUUUUUCUUUUCGUCCGCAACGGGAAAGUGGCCAAUGAAGCUAAUAUGGGGAAUAUCCUUGUCCGUGUAGUGCUUUAUCGUCAUUUCAUCCUCUAGCGUUCCUCCCGUUAAGUGUUUUUCCGCCGGUGUGAACUCACGACAAGUGUUUGCUGCUGAAAAACAAAAUAACAAUGACAAGUGUGAAGGUCUGGGCACUGCUUCUGCUGCCGCUUUCACUGGUCUCACUGGGGACAGCAGACUGUCCGUUUCCUGUUUUUAAUGGCAAAAAUGUUGUCUUGUCAUCGGAAUCCAUACUGAAGAAUAGCUUCCCAGACAAUUCAGAAGCGUUUGUGGAAUGUGCUAAAGGAUAUGUGAGAGAGGAUGGUUCGACUUCCAUCACCUGCCUGAAUGGGAACUGGAGUCCAGUGAAUUUAAUCUGCAAAAAGAUGGACUGUGGACAACCUAAACCUUCACCGCAUAUGAGAUAUAUCAUCUCAGAGGGAACAUUGUUUGGUGCCUACAUAAAAAACGAAUGUGAGAUGGGAUAUGAUCUGGAAGGAUCAAGCUUCAGGCAAUGUCUUGUUUCUGGCUGGAGUGGAAAGGCUAAAUGUAUAUUGACAACAUGCGAUUUGCCUGAUCCAGUUGAACAUGGAAAGAUGGUUCUGCCCAGAAACAUACCCGAGUUUAAUGAUGUCAUUACAUUUUCCUGUGAUGAUAACUACAUCCUUGUUGGAAACGGCUCCAUUACAUGUGGUGAAUACGGCGAUUAUAGUUCACCACCUCCGAAAUGCAUAGUCAUCACAACACCAACAAAAGCAAGCACUACCACAAACAAAGCCACAACAACGGACAUGACAACCGCCUCCACCCGUUCACAUGUCAUCACAACACCAACAAAAGCAAGCACUACCACAAACAAAGCCACAACAAUGGACAUAACAACAGCCUCCACCCGUUCACAUGUCAUCACAACACCAACAAAAGCAAGCACUACCACAAACAAACCCACAACAACAGACAUGACAACAGCCUCCACCCGUUCACAUGGAGGACUAAAAGAAGGGCACACUACUGAUUCCAAGAGUGCUUUGUCGAUUCCCUUUCUGAUUAAAGCUGCCCCGCCGAUUAUAGUUGCCUUGCUGAUUAUAACUGCCCUCUUUGUUGUGUUUUUAGUAUAUCGUCAAUUAAAACACAAAGGUUCAUACAAUACUGGCGAAGAACUGCGGACAAAAGAAGAGUUAUUGCUAAAUCAAAGUGUUUAAACUCAAGGGCAAACAAUCAGACGGCUCCUUUGCUUUAGCAUUAUUCCUGGACACGAAUUCAUUGAAGUUUAAAGUUUUGAAUUUUGUUGUGUUUUAUAAACUAGAUAUCGUAUUUAUUUAUAACUGCUACAAAAUGUUUUGCUUUUUGGAAAUGUAUUAGUUAUUGAUAAAAAACACAAAGUGAUAUUUUUGUAUAUUUGAAUAAAGAAUUUUUAUUUCAUUUUAUUCCGUAAAAUAAUAUUUUAUUA